CCGACGAACGGUCCCCAUCUUUGGCUUGGAAAGAUGAAGCAGAGGUUCCCGCCUCUAUGAAUGCUUGCGUGGUCUAUACCGAUAUUCAACGAUUAGCGGACUACUCGUCGAAAAUGUCUUACACUAAUAACGAAGAUAAUUCGACGGAUGACUAUCCACAAAAGCACAUUGUGCAGGGAGAAAAAGGGGGGAAAGGACUCGUCGAGCAGAGAUGUCAAACAAGCUGUCGUAGCCAAAAGCCAACCGAGGGCCUAAAUGGAGUAGUCGUUUUCAAAAUCGCACACUACAAAGAGUUAAUCUCGUAUUCUUCGACAUGGCGCCAUUUGAGGGUGUUGCGCGGUACGGCGCUCGCGUGGUUUUUGGUCUUUUAUGCGUCAUGCUCCAACAGACCGGAUCCGGAGGAAAGAAGGGCGAUGAUCCCUUCGACAAGCUAUUCAAGCUCGCCACCGGAAACGUAA